AUGAAACGGAGAAUCGUCUUGGACGCGCCCAAGUCCAAGGACAGGACAAUCUACGAAGAGGUGAAGGGCACAUCAAUGGGUUCGCCAAUUUCGGGAUUCAUCGCCGAGGCGGUCCUGCAACGGUUAGAGUCGCUGGUCAUCCAACACCACAAACCGACGUUCUGGGCCCGGUAUUUGGAUGAUACCUUCGUCGUUGUUGACCGGGAUCAACUGCUGACAUUAAAGGAACGUCUGAAUGCGGUCUUCCUGGACAUACAAUUUACGAUGGAGGAGGAAGAGAACAACCAGCUGGCCUUCCUGGAUGUCCUCGUAUGCCGCAAGGAUUUUGGUGGACUAAGGACCAAAGUGUUCAGGAAGGCGACGAAUACGAUGCAAGUACUGAACUUCAACAGCAACCACCCAAUCAGCCACAAACGCAGUUGUGUAAGGACGCCCUAUCGGCGUGUCGAAACGCACUGCAGAGAGCCGGAAGACAAGAUUGCCGAACUAAAAUAA